AUGGACAUCUCCGCUCUGCCCAACAACAACCACCCGCAGAAGUUCCUGCAGCUGGACGUGGGCAUGCUGCCCGCCAGCCACGGCAUGUUCCAGAUCAACGCCGCGCUCAACGGGCACAAGCAGUGGCACAACAGAGUCUACUCGGAGAGGGCACGGAGAAACUUGAGUGUGAAGACGCCGUCGCCUCAGGGGAGCCCCGUGUUUGUCGACUCGGUCCUUCGAAAGCACGUCACGCCAGUGACCAUGACGCCAAAGAUCAAGACCAACCCUUUGUACUCCGACAUGGUCAUCGAUGUCCCAGACCACCCGCGGAUAAAGCCCUCCUGGACCGUGACAGAUUAUGACAAACACGCAGCGCACUGUAACCUGGGAGACUAUUUGAAGGAAGACCCAGAAGAGCUCAACUUUUGGCUGGAGGAGCUUUACACGCCGGGCUAUGACUGCCUGUUAAGGAAGAAACAGGCGGAGCUAAUGAGGAGAAAGAUCUGCAAAGUAUUAUGCCUCUUAUUUCUGUCUUUGUGUGUCAUUGUUGUCAUCACUGUGCCAAUUGUCGUCCUUUGUAAUAAAGAUUGA